UUUAACCUAAUUUUGUUUAGAUUCGUGUAUUCCGUCCACCAAAUUAUUCCGGAACUUUAGCAUUGGUGAUUCUUUUUGCUUUGGUUGCUGCUAUUUUAUAUUUGCGAAGGAAUAACUUGGAGUUUCUUUAUAACAAGAAUAUGUGGGCAACUGGAGCGUUAUUUUUCUGCUUCAGUAUGGUUUCUGGGCAGAUGUGGAAUCACAUUCGCGGUCCCCCUUUUUUACAUAAAGGGGCCAACGGACAAAUUGCUUAUAUACACGGAUCAUCACAAGCUCAAUUUGUUUUAGAAACUUAUAUAGUUAUGAUUCUUAAUGCUGCUAUCGUAUUGGGAAUGAUUUUAUUAACGGAAUCUGGAAAUACAAAGCGGGAUCCGAAAAAGCGGAAAAUUUUAGCGAUCGCUGGGUUGAUUUUGAUUACAGUUUUCUUUUCUUUAAUAUUGUCGGUGUUUAGAUCGAAGACACAAGGUUACCCUUAUAGUUUCCUAUUCAAAUAGUGAUCACCUUUAAUAAAGUUUUUUGUUACAUACAAGAAAUAAAUUAUAUUGAAAUAUU